GAAAGGGUAGUGCCCAUAAAUCAUAAUAAUGAUAAUCAUAAUCACAUUCCUCUCCCCACGAAAAUAAAAUAUAUUAAAUCAAUCUAUCAUCUAUUGUCCCCUCUUCUCCCAUCACCCUCUUUUCCAUUCCAAUUCCAAACCCAUCUUCCUUUCCUUCCCUCACACCCCAAUCUAAAAUCUUAAUUUCAUUUUUCAACAUUCAAUAAAUAAAAACCCCAUUUUUUAGGGUUUCAAUUUUCGCAUCACUCUCUCCUCAUUACUAUUCAAAAAUCAAAAUUUUCCAACAUGGACGGAGCGAGCGGCAGUAGUGCUGGCGGAGAAGGAACGUCAGCCCAAUUACCGGUGCCGACACCGAUUUCAAACGCGAACGCGCCGCCGCCGUUUUUGAGCAAGACUUAUGACAUGGUGGAUGAUCCUUUGACGGAUGCCGUGGUUUCUUGGAGCGCAACGAAUAACAGUUUUGUUGUUUGGGACCCACCUGAAUUCGCUAGGGAUCUUUUGCCUAAGUACUUCAAGCAUAACAACUUCUCAAGUUUCGUUAGACAGUUGAAUACAUAUGGUUUCAGGAAGGUCGAUCCAGAUCGCUGGGAAUUUGCAAACGAGGGCUUUUUGAGGGGUCAAAAGCACUUGCUUAAGAGUAUAACUCGACGAAAACCUGCCCAUGGUCAUAAUAAUCAACAGGCUCAGCAACCGCAUGGACAGAGUUCAUCGGUAGGGGCAUGUGUAGAAGUAGGGAAAUUUGGGCUCGAGGAAGAGGUUGAGAGGCUUAAAAGAGACAAGAAUGUUCUCAUGCAAGAGCUUGUGAGGUUGAGACAGCAGCAACAAGCCACUGAUAGCCAGAUGCAAGGAAUGGUUCAGCGCCUUCAGGGAAUGGAGCAACGGCAACAGCAAAUGAUGUCAUUCCUUGCUAAAGCUGUCCAGAGCCCCGGCUUCUUUGCUCAGUUUGUGCAACAGCAAAAUGACAGCAAUAGGCGCAUAACCGAAGUCAGCAAAAAGCGUCGUCUCAAGCAAGAAGGUAUUGCUGAAACAACUGAGCGAGCUUCCCCUCCUGAUGGACAAAUUGUUAAAUAUCAACCUUUGAUGAACGAAGCAGCAAAAUCAAUGCUAAGGCAGAUCAUGAAAUGGGAUACUUCCCGUGUAGAAUCUUUCAACAAAAACCCCGAUAAUUACUUGAUUCGUGACGGUACAUCACCAUCCAAUGCAAUGGACAGUAGUAGCUCUUCAAGCUGGAAUUCUGGAGUAACUCUUCAAGAGGUUCCUCCAUCUUCAGUGCAGUCUUCUCAAAUUCCAUCUGCAACGGGGACUCAAGGACAUGUUCCAUCAGCAGAAAAACCAGAUAUUCUAUCUGUACCUCAAGCUGCGGCAUCUCAAAAUGUUAUGAACGAUGGAGCACAUACAGCACCCUCUAUCCCGAAUUCUCAAGCAGAUGUUGGGAUGCCUGAUAUACCUUCAAUACCAGAGAUUGUGCCAAGGAGUAUUCUUGAUAUUGCUGAAGACAGUUAUAUGGCUUCUGAGACAGAUGAGGGAUUUAUGGGAGUCGACGGGUCAUUUCCCAUUGAUUUUGAAGGUCUUUCACCCGGUGCAGACAUUGAUGAUUUGUUAAGCAAUCCUUCUAUUUGGGAUGAUCUUUUGCAAACUCCAGUUCCGGAGGAUAUUGUGACCAAUGUUGACGAAAUAUGCAAUGGGAAUGAGGUGCAGCCGACAGAAAAUGGAUGGGACAAAACUCAGCACCUGGAUCAGCUUACAGAGCAGAUGGGUCUUCUUUCUUCUGAUAGAGAAAGAAUAUAACUGUCAAUGAAAUUUGUAUUAGUCUUUCAUAUUGUCCAAGUGGCAUUGAUAAUUCCUUUCACUUCAUGUUGAAAACAAGUUAUGAUGAACUUUUUGGCCUUGUCAUGGAACCUGAUGAGUUCUUCCAAUGUUAUAGGAACUCUUUGGAGAUGAAUAUAUGUGAAUUAUAGUGCAGUUUUGUCCCCAACUUAAUGUUUCCUUGGUGAGGGAUAAAAUGGAAGAAAGAGAAGAUGUGUAAUGAUUUACUCAAGAUAUCCAAGAAGUGCACAUUGUUUCUUGAUUUGAAGAUUUACUAUAUGAACAAGGACAAGAACACUGGAUGACAUUUGCUCUUGCUUUGAACAUUACUCACUGUUUAGCUGCAGGCUGUUUGUUCUAAUGUAACUGAUUUAUCAUUGGGAUACGUUUCAAUUGGUGAAGUGAAUGUUUGGGUGGGCGGUGGAUUUGGAAAAAUCAGGGUGACACUGUGAUUUUGUUGAUGUUUUAAAGUAUAACUUUUGCUAAAAUGAUGGUGACCCGAUGUGAUUUUAGUCAAACUAAUCUCAAUCCAAACAUGCACGAAAUAGAAGAUGAUUUAGUCAAACUCAUCUCAAUCCAAACAUGCACGAAAUAGAAGAGAAUGAAAUUGAAUGUCAUUAGUUAUCAUUGUUUAAAAUAUAUGGAAUGGAACUUUGUGAUUUUUA